GGGUAAACAAACUGGGAGGACUGAACACAGGCAGCAGCAGGGACUUUUCAGGCUUUGGGUGGACAUUUGAUGUAGUUUCUAUUCAUUUUAUACCAUUUGUAACUGUUUUUCCUGAAUACUUUGAAUACUUUGCCACACUCGUUUUUCGAUUUUUGAAACGGCUGAAAACCUGAAUCACUAGGCUGCUACCUGUGUUGCAUAUUAAAACUGGGCAGAUAUUUUUCGACAGGGCUUUUAAUUACAGAGCCAGCAAACAAAAUAGCUAACAAGACGAAGACAUUCAUGAAGUAACGUUUUGUGUUAUACUCAACGAGGAACAAUUAUUCCGAUUUUGGAUCUUGAACCGCAAUAGUACCUGUCUUUGAAAUAGUAUCACAAGUUGUAGAAAGGUUUCGCUAACGUUCGCUAGCUCCAGCAGAAUGACGGCAGUGCAGUUGAUGAACAUCCAGAGGUUAUUGGAAGCGGCAGAAUAUCUUGAUAGAAGGGAGAAAGAGUGUGAACACGGAUAUGCAUCGACGUUUCCGUCGUCAAUUCAGAACACGAACUACCAGAGGCAAAAUAAAUGUCGAAACAAGAAGUUCCACAAUAACCAUAACAGGUCUACACAUAAUGAGUUGGAGAAGAACAGGUGAGUUGGUCUUUCAUUUUCAUACUUAUUAGACUUAAAACAAAAAGUAAACUUGUCCAAAUCUAUACUGAAAAGUCCAACUAGCCCCUC